GUUGGAGAUCUGCGAAUGAGGUCUCGGACCCAGACGGCCGGGCCACAUACGCGCUCUACCCGGUUAUCCUGAUCUUCACCUAGGAGGGCUUUGACCCGCCAGUAAAGCCAUAAAACCAGACCGUUCAUCUGGGAGUGACUUUUGGUUUUACGCGUCAACUCCGUGGAUUGCAACACAGUUGCUCAUCUCUGUCACAAAUGACUAGAACUUAAUAUGGAGCUCGCUGGAUCAACGCUGCAACUCCGUGCGUCUGGUUAGGGGGGUCUAGAGGUAUAAUUACGUGGUUGGGUCCCUGUUGCUAGAGAAAGGGUGAGAGGGGUGGGAGGCUGUGACAUCUGCGUAACAACUCGUCACAUCUCGACGUCUCUUCUUGGGAAAGAGUUGAGAGGAAGACAGAACGGGACAAGCGCCAUUGUGCGGCUCGCCUAAACACUUCCAAAGGACGAGAGGCGCAGAGAAGCUGCUCCGUCAGCGGGACCAGAGGAUUACUUUUUCUAAACAACAGCUGCACUAAGAAGAGUGUUUUCAUGCGACCUUAAAGUCAGAUUUUAUGAAUGAUGGAUGAGCCUCGGGAAUCUUGUCACCCGAAUGGAUUUUAUUAGGCUGUAAGUGUUUUUACCAGAAUACCCUCGCCCCCCUUUGGAGUGCUUUUACGCACUCGCGUUUGGAUGAGCCCGCACAUUGUCACUGCAAACCUUGUGAAAAGCGUUGUAACUUUUGGGCCGUAGUCACGGAUUUGGAGUCGUCCAGCCUCCCAGAUUCCUCCAGCAGAUCACAAAGCACGGUCGCGCAAAGAUUCCCGCAGACCACCACCGGUGCCUCGUAACCGGGGUGUCGGCACCGCGCACCUUCUUUCUCCGUCUCUUUUGCAGUUUUUCUCGACUCAGAGCGACGGCAGUGUCCCCUAUCUGACAUGCCGUCCCUUUGCCCCCUUCUGCUCAUUUUCCCCGCUGCGCUCUUCGUGGCCGCGCACGGCACCGGGGACCUCCAGGGUUUCGCCUUCUCCGGCGGGAGCGCAAGUUUCGAUCCAACAGACCCCUGCAUGGUGGUGUAUCCACCAUGCAUCAGCGAGGCGGAUCGCUUCAGCUUGGAAGCCUUAUGGAGCAUCCAUCAAAUGAUGGACGAUGACCAAGACGGAGGCAUCGAGGUGGAGGAGAGUUUGGAGUUCAUCAUGGAGGACAUGAAGCAGCAGCAGACCAACAAACACAGCCACCUGCACAAGGAAGACCAACACAUCACAAUCGAGGAGCUCUGGAGGGGCUGGAAGUCGUCUGAAGUCCAUAACUGGACUCAGGAUGAUGUGCUUCGCUGGCUGAAGGAUUUUGUCGAGUUGCCCCAGUACGAAAGGAACUUUAAGGACUUUAAGGUCAAUGGAAACACUCUCCCCAGAAUUGCAGCCAAUGAGCCGUCCUUCCUGAGUGGCCAUCUGAGGGUUCAGGACCAGAGAGACAAACAGAAGCUCAAUAUCAAAGCUCUGGAUGUUGUUUUGUUUGGACCACCUACACGCCCCCCUCACAACUAUAUGAAGGACCUGCUGCUCAUUGUAUCCGUGGUGAUGGGAGUUGGAGGCUGCUGGUUUGCCUCAGCCCAGAACAAAGCCAGUAAAUUCCACGUCGCCAGGAUGAUAAAAGAUUUGGAAAGUCUGCAGAGGGCUGAGCAGAGCCUCAUAGAUCUGCAGGAACAACUUGCGGAGGCACAGGAAGAAAAACGCAACGUCGCAGAGGAGAAACAGAACCUGGAGGAGAAGAUGAGGGAUGAGAUCAUGGGGGCGCAGGAGGAGGCCUACCGUCUGCACGAGCUGAGGCAGGGAGCCGUCUGCGAGCUCAGCCGCCUCCGAUACGCAGAGGAGGAGCUGGUGCAGAUCCGCGGGGCACUGAAGCAGGCAGAAAAGGACAUGCAGGCAAGCUCGACUGCCUCCGAAGCCCUCCAGCUGUGGUUGCAGCUGACGCAUGAGGUCGAGGUCCAGUACUACAAUGUCAAGAGGCACAGAGCUGAGCUACAGCUCGCCAUCGCAAAGGAAGAAGCAGAGAGGAUUAAGAAGAAGAGGAGUUCUCUGUUUGGGACUCUCCAUGUCGCACACAGCUCUUCGUUAGACCAAGUUGACCACAAGAUCCUGGAGGCAAAGAAUGCCUUGUUUGAGGUAACAGCCUGCCUUCGGGAGCGUCUCCACCGCUGGCAGCAGAUCGAGCGCCUCUGUGGUUUCCCCAUCAUUAGGAAUACCGGCCUUUCGAACCUCACUGCUCAGCUCUACUCAGACUCGAUGGCCCUGGGGUUUCCCAGAGUGCCGCAGCCUUCUUGGUCAUGCCACAGCUCCCAUGGCUCUAUGGAGGAUCUGUUAGAGGAGUCGGCUUCUCCAAUCAUAUCUCAGAUGCCAGUUCAACCCCCGAAGCGCUCUCCCCAAACCCGGGGAACCACUGUUUGUCGGUCACGUCGUUCCGGCACGAUCGCUCAGCCAGCGGCAGCCAUGAUCGCCCCAGAUCCAGACCUUCUCAUCCCCAUCAGAGCCCCAUAUCCUUGUGAAGAGGAGGGAGUCUUCCUGAAAACUCUAAAGAAACAAAACUCUCAGGAGAUCGUUUCAGACACAGAAUAUAUAACAUUCCCUCCUCUUGGCAAAAUCCUCCCUUGUCCUACUGUUGACUUGUCCUCUCCAAAGAUCUACCAUGAUGAAACUGAACUUUUUUUGGACAGCUCCAUUACAAAGAGUAAAGAAAUAGAGGCUGUUGUUGAAUCUCCAGUUAGCAAAACAUCAGCAGAAGAGCUUGAAGAUUGUCUCGACGAAAGCUGCAGAAAGAUGGGAAAAGACAGAGUGCGGGACGCUUUUUCCGAAACCUCAUUUUGGAAGAUGUCAAAAGAAGCUUCGUUUAUAGAAGCUACGUCAAGGAAGGUACCCAAAGAAAGGAGGGAAGUCCCCAUGGAUGCUGCGGGUCGAACGUUACUUUCUAACGAGUUGGAUGCGGAAUUGUCAGGCCAGAAAGUAGAGAGAGAUACGAUGGGAGAUCUGAUUGACGCUGCUUCAAGAAAUACAUUUAGAGAAAGAAGUGAUUUACCUCUGGACACGAGAAAGCUUAUUUGGAAUGAAUUAGAAGCAACUACAGAUGCGUCACCGAGGAAGAUUUCCCGCGAUAUGAUGGGGGCUUCAAUGGACAGUGCCUCAAGAAAGAUGAUACGAGAUGAUGUUGGGCAUUCGUUUCACUCAGUGCCCAGAAGGAUUACAAGAGAUUCAAUGGGAACUUCCUUUGACACUGUUUCAAGAAAGUUUCUGUGGAAUAAUGAAGACUGCCAGCUUGAUUCUUCUGUGAGGGCGUUAUCUAUGGACCAAAUGUUUGACGCCGCAGAAACACCAACAAGAAAGCUAUCCAGAAAUGACCUAGAGUAUUUGACAGACACUGCUUCUGCAAAUUUGCUGCCCAGAAAGAGAUUUGACGAACUUACCGAUAGCUCGUCAUCUACAGAGACGCAGGAUUUUGGUCUAGGACCUUCAACAAGUAGAAGGUUACUGAGAAAUGAACUUGAGUCUGCUGGUUCUCUCAACAGGAGAAUACCGAGAAUGCCGAGCGUUGAUAGUGACACAUCCACAGAAAACAUCUCCUGGGAUGUAGUUGACGAUCCAAUGGAAACACCUAAACAAUCAACUCUCCAGGAGGAGUUGGGAGCGAGUUCAUAUCCAGGUCGAAUUGGACAGCCAGACCUUACGGUAACCUCCCAGGUACCAUGGGAUUCGUCAUCAGACCUCUACGCUGGCCCGCUGAGCCAGCUUGUGUAUGAUGGAAUCCUCGAGAAGUCCUGCCACUCCGGGACUACGAGCCCCACCGGCCCCUCGGCCUCAGCGCCCAACGUGCCCCGGAGCAGGCCGCUAGUAGAGGAGGAGCCGCCGUUGCCACCAUCAAGGCUCUCUUUACGUUCUCCCGCAUUGCCCCCUGAGACUGGAGAGGAAAAGAGCAAACAUAAGGAAAAGAGCAAGAAAUCUUUGAGGCUAAAAAAUCUUUUCAAAAAGAAAUCUGAGUCAUCUCCAGAGAAGCCUCAGAGUGGUCUACAGAUACUCUGACAACCAGCUUUAGAAUGUUUUCAUCUUACUUUAUUAAAAUUCCAAUUAAGAA